UUUCGAAGCUCAGUGGAAAUAAACAGAGGCUUCCGAGGUCCUCGGAGAAAACAAGCGUCAACAAAUCAAGGCCCUGGACAACUUUCAAGUGUGAGAUGCUUCUGUGCGUGAAUGUGCUGGGGCUGCUUUUCCUGCAGCCACUUCUUUCGAGCCAAAGGCCACUAACUACACCGUCCAGAGGAUGUCCCGGCUGCAAAGGAAAGCCUUCCCAAAUGCACAUGCCGGGAGAUUUAAAUGUCACCGCUCUUACCAUUGGAGAACCAUGUGGGGUCUACACACUGAGCUGUGCCAGCGGUCUGCGUUGUGCACCCGUGCCAAAUGACCCGCGGCCCCUCCACACCCUGCUGGAGGGCAGGGGCGUCUGCAGCAAUGUUAGCGUCAUCAGUUGGACGGAAAAGAGCCAGACAGCAGAUCCCGCACCUACCGAGAAUCCGGAGGAGGCCCCUUGUCGAAAGCUGCUAACCACACUAAUCAGAGGCCUUGAUAGCCAUUUAUUCAAGUCCCAUCAUGAUAUCUACAUGCCCAACUGUGAUAAACGUGGCUUCUUUAGAAAGAAGCAGUGUUGGUCCUCUCGGGGUAAACAACGCGGUCGGUGCUGGUGUGUGGAUGAGAGCGGCAUGCCAGUGACGUCACAUAAACACAAAGGCUUGACUUGUUGAAAAAGAGUGUCAAAUGUCGGAUUAAAGAAAGGAGAAAAACGGUUGGCGGCCAACAUAGGACGAAGAUAAAGGAUUUCCUUACAGACUUAUUUGGGAAUUCCAACUCUGUGCCUCUCUUCUCAUUCCAUGAGCCGCAAGCUGUUUAAGGUGUAACUCUGACCAUUGGUGCCCUCUAGCGAACACCUAGUGAACUGUUCUAAUCAGACGCCAUAAUGUCUGCACUGGCUAACACUUGACACAUUAG